AUGGACUCGGACGAAGACGACAUCUACCCGGACAACGAUGACGUCUACGGAACAGGUCUUAAACAGCAGGGUGAGGUGACCAUGGGCGACGUCGACGACGGCGAGGAGGAAGGUGAAGAAGUAGAGGAAGAUGACGAUGACGACGUCGACUUCAUCAUUGACGCCAAAGACGAACCCUCCAAACCCGCCGCCGACUCGACAUCACAACCCAAACGCCCACCAGGGUCGUCCCAGACACCAGCACCAGCGACAGACCCUCGCAAGGCCUCAAUAACACCCUCUCCUGCCAUCAAACGCGAACGAGAAACACCUCUGGACACGCGCCUCGACUCACUACCUCCGAACGACCGCGACCGGCCCGGGACGGAUUAUCCAGCCCGACAUACCUCCAAGCUCGACCCCAACGGCAACCCCGUGCACCCAGCCACGGGCAAACCCAUCUUAUCCACGGACUUCGAUGUCGACUUCCCCUCCGAGUCAUCAAAGCCCUGGCGCAAGCCGGGCGCGGAUAUCACGGACUACUUCAACUACGGGUUCGACGAGUUCACCUGGGCAAGCUACUGCCUGAAACAACAGCAGAUGCCCAAAGAAGUCAAGGAAAUCACACAACACGCAGAGCAAAUGAAGGCGUUCGUCGAAGGCAUUCCCGGCGGCGGAGGAGGAGGUAUGCCAGGCAUGCCGCCGAUGCCAAGUGGCCCCAGUGGAGGCCCAGGAGGCCCAGGAGACAUGAGCGGCGCAAUGCCAGGGAUGCCCAGUGAAGCACAGAUGCAGCAGAUGUUUGCCGCCAUGGCUUCACAGGGCCUUGACCCGGGCAGUAUGGAUCCUGGUCAAUUCAUGCAGUUCAUGGCUGGGCCUGGGGCGGCUAUGAUGGGUGGUGCGCCACAGCCUCCAACGGGACCUGCCGCGGGCUUUGCUGGACCUGGUGGCGGAGGAGGGAGUGGGUUCGAUCAGGGUGGUGGACCUGGCGGUGGUGGCGGCGGCUUUGGCGGCAGAGGGCGAGGAAAGGGCGGGAGGCGGAAUUGGUAG